AAACUCGCAAGACAGGCUGGGUGCCACCCCCCGCUCCGCCUGCAAAACGGGAGUCUUGUCGGUCUCCUCGAACUCUACCCUAGGUGCUGACUAUUACUCCUCAUCGGAACCCCAGAACUGGAUUUCUUGUCUGAUUUACAAAAAAUGUUACUGAGAGCCCCGCCCCCACCCACGGCAGGCGACAGGGGCAGCCCUAGGUGAAUCCCCACCCGUGGCACCGCCGGAGGCUCCUCCUCCCUAGGCCGCCGCCCUUGUCACCUGCCGCCCAGGGGCCUUGCGGCGGGCGGCGGGUCCCCAGCGGCGGGGACCCGGGGACCGAAAUGUGGCGGGCCGACCGGUGGGUGCCCCUAUUCCUGUUCCUGUUGCAGAGUGCCCUAGGAAGGCCCCGUCUAGCCCCACCCAGAAACGUGACACUCUUCUCCCAGAACUUCACUGUUUACCUGACAUGGCUUCCGGGGCUUGGGAGCCCCCCGAAUGUGACCUAUUUUGUGACCUACCAAAGCUAUACCAAGACCGGUUGGCGACCAGUGGGGCAUUGUGCAGGUAUCAAGGCUCUGGUGUGUCCCAUGAUGUGCCUGAAGAAACUGGACCUGUACUCCAAGUUCAAAGGACGAGUACAGGCAGCUUCCGCACAUGGCAGGUCCCCACGGGUGGAGUCCCAGUACCUGGAAUACCUUUUUGACGUGGAGCUAGCCCCGCCCACCCUGGUGCUCACCCAGAUGGAGAAGUACCUAAGGGUCAACGCUACCUACCAGCUGCCACCUUGCAUGCCGUCGCUGGAACUGAAGUACCAGGUGGAAUUCUGGAAGGAGGGUCUGGGAAGCAAGACCCUGUUUCCGGACACUCCAUAUGGCCAGCCAGUGCAGAUUCCUCUCCAGCAAGGUGCUAGCGGACGCCACUGCCUCAGAGCCAGAACCGUCUAUACCUUAAUUGACAUUAAGUACAGCCAGUUCUCUGAGCCCAGCUGCAUCUUCCUAGAGGCCCCAGGGGACAACAGGGCUGUCCUGGCAAUGCCCUCACUCUUGCUUCUACUGAUAGCAGCCGUUGCAGCAGGUGUGGCAUGGAAGAAAAUGAAAGGGAACCCCUGGUUUCAGGGGGUGAAGACGCCCCGGGCACUGGACUUUUCUGAAUACAGAUACCCAGUGGCAACCUUUCAGACCAGUGGACCUGAGUUCUCAGAUGACUUGGUCCUUUGUCCCCAGAAGGAACUGACCAUAAGGAUCAGGCCAGCCCCUCAGGUCAGAAACCCAGCCACGCUACAGGCAGGACCAGAAAAAGACAGUACUGAGGAUGAAGACGAGGACACAGACGAUGGCGACGAUGAUGGUGACAGCGUCCAGCCCUACCUGGAACGGCCCCUCUUCAUCAGCGAGAAGCCCCCGGUUAUGGAACACUCGGAGACAGACGAGUCUGGGGUGGAUUCAGGGGGACCUUGGACAUCCCCAGUUGGGAGUGACGGCUCCUCUGCAUGGGACUCUUCAGACAGGAGCUGGUCCAGCACAGGGGACUCCUCAUAUAAGGAUGAAGUUGGGUCUUCCAGCUGUUUGGACCGAAAGGAGCCGGACCAGGCGCCCUGUGGGGAUUGGCGCCAGGAGGCUCUCCCAUGCCUGGGAUUCUCUGAGGACUUGGGCACCGUGGAAGAGCCUCUGAAGGAUGGCCUCUCCAGGUGGAGAAUCUCUGGUUCCUUAUCCUCAAAGAGAGAUCUGGCUCCUGUGGAGUCCCCAGUUUCUCUUCAGACACUGACUUUCUGCUGGGUCAACAAUCCUGAGGGGGAGGAGGAACAGGAGGAAGAAGAGGAAGAGGAGGAGGAAGAAGAGGAGGAAGACUGGGAAUCAGAACCUAAGGGCACCAAUGCCGGCUGUUGGGGCACUUCAAGCGUGCAGAGGACGGAGGUCAGGGGCCAGAUGCUGGGAGAUUACUUGGUCAGGUGAGCUGGCCCUGGUGGUCCAUCUACGCCUUCUCUACUGCACUUCCCCUGAACCACAGACACCUCAUGUCCCUUUGAGUGGUAGCCAAGGUCCUGGCCAUUCGUUCUGGAUCUUUAUGGCACUUUGUCAUUGGGAUUGAGCUGUUAGAUGUCACCAUUUCCAAUGACCCACCAGCUAUAGAUGACCUGUGAGCGGGACGGAGCUGUGAUCAGAGACUAGUUGAGUUCCAGUCUGCCCAUCGUCCCUGGGAUGACGGGCCUGAUGGAAAAUCAUCCUAUGAUGAAAUGAAACAGGUGAAGCCAGGUGGCUGUGGACACCAAGGGUAGAUACGCCCUAGUCCAUAAGUCACACACAGCAUUGCGCAAAACAGACCUCGGUCCAAGUCACGACUCUGCUGUUUCCGGUAUUCGCUGAGCAAGCGACUCUUAACCUCUAAACCUCAGCUUCCCCUUCUGCAGCAGUCCUGUGGGUAUGGCGAGGACUUGGGGAGUUUUCAGGUAACAGGUGACACAGGGCCACCAAUGUCACAUGUACUGACUAGGCACUAGAACCCUCCAUCAGUCCAGACUCCUGGGAGACCCCAGGCAUCUCUCACCAGCAACCCCUAAGCCAAGAGUGAUAAGACACCGACCUUCCAACCUGUCUACCCUCUAGGUCACCCCAUUUCUUCCUUGCCACCUUCUAUUCAGGGGCUCCUGGAAACCACAGCCCAACCAACUUUGCUCCAUUCUCAAGCAUAGUUCACAUAUUCCAGGGUCGACAUUGGUUGGGUCAGGGCAGAAACUGCACUCCUGGCCUGGUGUCCUUUUUGAAUGGCAUUGUAUCAGGGUUUAAGUUUUUGGGGUGUUUUUGUUUGUUUGUUUGUUUGUUUUUAUCUGUUUUGGCCAUAAUGAGGUUCCAGUAUCUGAGAAGCUAGUGUCUUUUGGAAACAGGUGACUGUCCUUUUUGGGGUGCGAUGUGUGUCCUUGUAGCUGAGGAUCUAAACAGACCAUGAAGCAGAAAAGAGCUCACAGCCCCUUUACUCUCGGAGCUGUGUGGCUCUGAGGCUGGCAUAAAGCCAUAGCCUUACAGAACUCAUGUGAAGAUCCCCCGCCCCCGUAAGGCAGAGGUUCUCAACCUUCCUAACACGACCAGCCUUAAACAGUGUUCCUCGUGGUGUGGUGACCCCCAAUCAUAAAAUCAUUUCAUUGCUACUUCAUAAUUUUAAUUUUGCUAUUGGUAUGAAUCACAAUGUGUUUUCCAAUGGUCUCAGGCAACCACUGUGAAAAUGUCAAUGGACCCCCAAAGGCGUUAUGACCCACACAGGCUGAGAAACAUGACCUUAAGGGCACCUGACUCAAGGGUUCUCUAGCUCAUUCCCAAAGGCCUGUGGCGCUCCAGGAUCCUCCCCUUUCCAUGGGAGUGGCCUCACUCAGCUAAUGCACAUGUAGUGGCUUUGCAUAAAAGGUGUCUUGAAAGGGGUUCACAGCUAACAAAACCUCAAAGCACCGUCCUUAGUACAUAUCUGUAUUGUUUCAAACGAACUUGGAAGUCAACUGGCAAGGCUGCCCUAGGGACUUAAUUUGUGUGUCCCCAAGAGUCCCCAGAGUCAUCAAUCUGACAGGAGGUCUUUGCAGGCACCUCUGAGACACACACACACACACACACACACACACACACACACACACACACCUCCCUCCCUCCCUGGGGUUUCCCUACAGUGAUGCUUGACCACAUCACUGAGCCCAGAAGCAGAACAAAUGCACAUGCGUGAGGACGGUCAUAGCGCAGGAGAAGCUCCUAGAAAUGUCCCAGCAAGGCCAGUGUCCUUCCUGAGACCCAGCUGAGCUGCACCACGGAGGACGCUCUGUCGGAAAUCCUUGGAAAUGAUGGUGAUGGCAGCAUUGGCCUCGCCUUUCAAGCUUGCUCUCUCCGGUAGUCCUUACUGUUUACAGUGUUUCCUAAGGUUUUCUUUCUGAUCUAG